UCGCAGGCUGCCCGGCUGGGGACAUCGGCUUCUCGCGGGCUCCUCCCGCCGCGUCCACCCCCUCUCGCCACCCACGCCCGCCCCCGACCGCCGGCUUUUUCCCAGCGCGGCCGCCGCCGCCGCCGCCGCCGCCGUAGUCAGCGCGGGCGCCGCCACAGCAUCCGCCGCCGGCCCCGCUCGGCGCACGCUCCGGCCCGACCCCGCAGCCCACCCGCGCAGCGGCCAUGGAGCGCGCAGCCCCCCGCCGCCGCCACACCCACCAGCGCGGCUAUGCCGUGACGCGGAACCCCCACCUCAACAAGGAGUUGGCUUUUACCCUGGAAGAGAGACAACAGUUGAAUAUUCAUGGAUUGUUGCCACCUUGCUUCAUCAGUCAGGAUAUCCAGGUUCUUAGAGUAAUUAAAAAUUUUGAGCGUCUGACCUCUGACUUUGACAGGUAUCUUCUCUUAAUGGAUCUUCAAGACAGAAAUGAAAAGCUCUUUUAUAGUGUGCUAAUGUCUGACAUUGAGAAAUUCAUGCCUAUUGUUUACACUCCCACUGUGGGUCUGGCUUGCCAGCAAUAUAGUUUAGCAUUUCGGAAGCCAAGAGGUCUCUUCAUUAGUAUCCAUGAUCGAGGGCAUAUUGCUUCAGUUCUUAAUGCAUGGCCAGAAGAUGUCAUCAAGGCUAUUGUGGUGACCGACGGAGAGCGUAUUCUUGGCUUGGGAGACCUUGGCUGUAAUGGAAUGGGCAUCCCUGUGGGUAAGCUGGCGCUGUAUACAGCCUGCGGAGGGAUGAAUCCUCAAGAAUGUCUGCCCAUUACUCUGGACGUGGGAACAGAAAAUAAGGAUUUACUCAAAGAUCCAUUGUACAUUGGGCUACGGCAGAGAAGAGUGAGAGGUCCUGAAUAUGAUGAUUUUUUGGAUGAAUUCAUGGAGGCAGUUUCUUCCAAGUAUGGGAUGAAUUGCCUUAUUCAGUUUGAAGAUUUUGCCAAUAUAAAUGCCUUUCGUCUCCUGAAGAAAUAUCAAAACCAGUAUUGCACAUUCAAUGAUGAUAUUCAAGGAACAGCAUCUGUAGCAGUGGCGGGCAUCCUUGCGGCUCUUCGAAUAACCAAGAACAAACUGUCUGAUCAAACAAUACUCUUCCAAGGAGCUGGAGAGGCUGCCUUAGGGAUUGCACACCUGAUUGUUAUGGCCAUGAGUAAAGAAGGUUUACCAAAAGAGAAAGCCAUGAAAAAGAUAUGGUUGGUCGACUCAAAAGGAUUAAUAGUUAAGGGACGAGCUGCCUUAACACAAGAGAAGGAGGAAUUUGCCCAUGAACAUGAAGAAAUGAAGAACCUAGAAGCCAUUGUUCGAGAAAUAAAACCAACUGCCCUCAUAGGAGUUGCUGCAAUUGGUGGUGCAUUCUCAGAACAAAUUCUCAAAGAUAUGGCUGCCUUCAAUGAACGGCCUAUUAUUUUCGCUUUGAGUAAUCCAACUAGCAAAGCAGAAUGUACUGCAGAGCAGUGCUAUAAACUAACCAAGGGGUGUGCAAUUUUCGCCAGUGGCAGCCCUUUUGAUCCAGUCACUCUUCCGAAUGGACAGACCCUAUAUCCUGGCCAAGGAAACAAUUCCUAUGUGUUUCCCGGAGUGGCUCUGGGUGUCGUGGCGUGUGGCUUGAGACAUAUCACAGAUAAGAUUUUUCUCACAACUGCUGAGGUUAUAGCCCAGCAAGUAUCAGAUAAACACUUGGAAGAGGGCCGGCUUUAUCCUCCUUUGGACACCAUUAGAGAUGUUUCUCUGAAAAUCGCAACAAAGAUUGUGAAUGAUGCUUACCAAGAAAAGACAGCCACAGUUUAUCCUGAACCCCCAAACAAGGAAGCCUUUGUCCGCUCUCAGAUGUAUAAUGCUAAUUAUGACCAGAUUCUACCUGAUUGUUAUUCUUGGCCUAAAGAGGCCCAGAAAAUACAGACCAAACUUGACCAGUGGCAUAAUAACUGACAUUUCUAAUUCUGUUAAUGAGAUCUUAAAGUCUUUCAUAAUUUUUAAAGAUUGGAAUCUUUUAUAAUAAUUCAUUAGACUAAGAAUUUUACUUUAACAAUAAAAGUUCAUGGAAGGAUAUUAAUAUACUUUAGGGUAAACAUCACACUAGACAGUUUUGCUUCAUUUACUUUCUUGUUAUUUAUGGUUUCUCUGCUCAUUAUUUUGCCCAAGUUCUCUUUAAAAGCUAUUGUACCUACUACUGAGAAACACAUCAUUUUUAUACAGGGAACUAAUGGAAAGACCAAAAUUAGUAAUAAAUUGAUAUACUCAACAUUAAAAUCCAUAGUUCUUUUGUUGACUGUUUUGUUAAAAAUCUACUCUUUUUUUAUAAAGACAAAUGAAUUUAGGCAUAGGUGAACUUCUGCUAAAAACAGAAACAACACUUAACUUUGUUGCCUAGAGAAAAUAACUUAUCAGGUAUUUUUAUUCCAAUCCUAGAUUAUAUUAGUUCUUUUAGUGCAACUGAACUCUAACAUUUCUAAGAAAGAUCGUUGCUGUUUACAAUGCCUUGUGCAGCCUUAGAUUUUAAUAUUCUUCCGCCGUUGUGACAUCUUCUUAUCACCUUGGUCCUCAGUCAGAUAUCCCUUCUAAAAGCACCUUUCUUCGGCCCCUGGCUGAAUGUCCUCUCCUCGCACUGUUGCUGCCAGGUAUUUGCAGCCUGUGGUCCCUGUCCUGAGGUUGGUAUCCUCAGUUCCGCAUAGCUCGAGCCAUGGGAAGAGCUGAGAGAGGGAGCAGAUAAUCUCCUUGAGAAAGGGCUGCCUGUGGAGCCGACCUCUUAGGACAGAGAUCUCCAGAGUCAGGAUCGAGAGCAUGGUUCCCAGACAAGCUGGGUUCCGACAUGAAUGACCUGCCCUCGUGUUUCCUUGAUUAGUUCAGGUAAUGAGGAGCUCACUUGUUACAACAAACUCAUUUUCCUCUGGGUUUGGAGGAAAUUUUGUAACCAGUUCCCCAGUAUCCGAAAUCAUCUUGACGUCAGGUAUUGAGAUAUUCUAAUUACCAUCAGUAGUUCUAGCCCAGAAAUUAAUAUUAAUUUCAAGUUUUACUUUAGAUGUUCAUAACUGAACGAAUGGAAACAAUUUUAAAUUCUUAAGCUCAGGUGCAGUAACAUUUGCUAUUUAUUUGUAGAAUUAUUUGGAGGAUUUUGUUUUUGAAGUAAAGCUUUUAAAAAGUAUAAGAAGAUGUUCAAGAUAAACUAUACUAUAAAAUGAUUUAUUGAAGGUUGACGGUUACACAGAUUGUUUUAGGUGUGAAUAGAACGGGUGGGGGUAUUUCUGAAAGUAACAUUUAGUCAAGAGUUUCCUCAAUAUAGUUACUUUGAAAAGAUCCAGAAUGCUGAUUUCUUGUUUCCUGUUGUCUUGUAGCUCUAACUAAAUGUAUUUACCUAUGCAAAAGAUUGAUUAAAGCAUAGAGAAAGUGAAUGUAUAAAA